AAUUAAAGAUGGCGGCGCCCAUGUCGGGAUAAAAUUGCUUUCAGCUUUUUAAUCAGAAUUUCUGGAAAUAUAAGGGAGUGGUUACAUCCAACUGAUAAAGAAAAGGGGAAAGAACUAGAAACUUACUCAUUGUGUAUACAGGGAAAGACAAAAGUACAGAACACGAGAUGCGUCUGACAACAGCCCUGCUAGGUUGGAGAGCGCGGUAUCGGAAACUCGGCCCCAAGUCCAUCCGCCUGUCCUUGAGCGGUUGCACCAACAGACCUUUCUAUCACAUUGUGGUGGCACCAACUCCAGCAGGGAGAGACAAGGAGAUCUACGAACAGUUAGGGACCUACGACCCUUUGCCCAAUGACUUCAACGAAAAACUUGUCAGCUUUAACUAUGAGAGACUAAAACACUGGCUGGCCAUGGGGGCCACACCCACCAAGCCUGUUGCACAACUUCUAGGACUUUCAGGUUUCCUACCUCUUCACCCCAUGAGUUCAGUCAUAGCAGAGAGAAAGAGGAAGGCAGCAGCAGAAAAGGCAGCACAGCAGGAGGCUGAGGAGAAGGACCAAUCAGCCACAGAUGGGGUUUAACAGGAGAUAGUGGGGAGGGGGUAUCUUUGUGCUUGAAAUAAACUGAUACUUAAAAGUUGUACGUGUAUAGCAUCUAAGGUUUUUUUCCUGAAUAAACUGUUGUGCAAGA